UUGCAGUAUUUGUUUCUUAUGGAUGGUAAUGAUUUAUACGAUGAGUUUGGGAACUAUAUUGGACCCGCUCUGGAGUCGGAGGAGUCUUCUCCCGAAGAAACUGAAACUGAUGCUACAAACGCUUGGAGAGAAUUACAAGGUGGAGAUGAAGAGACUUCUAGAAUGGAAGAAAUAGAGAGUGAAGAUGUUAUUCAGGUUGAGAGCAACGCCAUUAUUCUUCAUGAGGACAAAAAAUAUUAUCCGGAGGCUAGCGAAAUAUAUGGAGAGGGAGUGGAAACACUUGUGCAGGAGGAAGAUACUAUGGAUCUUGAGGAACCUAUUGUACUACCCAUUAAAUCCUCGAAGUAUGCUUAUUCUGAGAAAGAGCUUCCGGAGACCACUUACAGCAAAGAGUUUCUUGCCGAUAUGAUUGAUAAUCCUAAUCUAAUUCGCAACGUUGCUCUAGUCGGCGCUCUUCAUUCUGGAAAAACUACUUUUGUAGACUGUCUCAUCCAGCAGACUCACCACUUGCCUCACUAUUUUAACCAAGACGAAGGUUUAUAUCAGAGUAGAUAUGCCGAUAAACUUUUUACAGAACAGGAGCGGGGCCUGAGCAUUAAGUGCACACCUUUAAGCUUAAUCUUACAGAAUUCAAUUGAUAAGUCUUACGUUAUCAACAUCUUAGAUACGCCCGGCCACGUCAACUUCAUUGAUGAGGCCGCAGCUGCCAUGCGUGCUUGUGACGGUGUUGUCGUAGUGGUUGAUGCUAUCGACGGUGUUAUGGCCAAUACUGAAAACCUUAUUCGCCAUGCCCUGCAAGAACGACUGGCCAUCACACUGUGCAUAAACAAAAUUGAUAGACUUAUUUUAGAGUUGAAGUUACCACCUAACGAUGCUUACUUUAAAUUAAAACUUAUUGUUGACGAGGUCAACAACGUCCUUAUGCUUGCUGGAAGUGAGAAGAAACUUGUCUCCCCGUACCUGGGCAAUGUGGUCUUCGCCAGCAGUAAAAGCAAUUGGUCGUUUACUUUGCGCUCUUUUGCAAGCCUUUAUGCCUCCCUGCAUGGGAUCGAUAUGGAGAUGGAAGAGUUUGCUAGGCGGCUCUGGGGGGACGUUUACUUCAACGCCAAGACGCGAACCUUCUCUAGAAAGCCUCCACAUGCAGAUGUCAAACGCACUUUUGUGGAGUUUAUACUGAUGCCUUUGUACAAACUGUACUCUCAGGUCAUGGGAGAAGCUGACUUUGGUUUAGUGUCCACUUUGGAAGAACUUGGCGUUAAACUGACUAAAGCGGAAUGUCGUGCAAGCAUAAAAACUUUGCUGCGAAUAGUCUUAUCACGAUUUUUUGGCCCGCACUGCGGUUUUGUUGAUAUGCUUGCCAGCCACAUUCCGUCGCCCUCUCAGAAUGCAGAGCAGUUAAUUCGGCGCAUUUAUAAAGGGGACUUGAACACGAGGACCGCCCUGGGGAUGCUUUGUUGCGAUCCGGAAGCCCCCCUUAUGAUCUAUAUAGUGAAAUUGUUUCCAAGCGACGAUGCCACUCACUUUUACGCGUUUGGCCGGAUAAUGAGCGGAACCGUAGAAACUGGUCAAAAGGUCAGAGUCUUGGGCGAGAAGUAUACGCUUGAGGAUGAGGAAGAUAUGAAAAAGGAGGUCAUAUCGAAGAUGUUUAUUGGCGAGGCGAGAUACAUGAUCGAAGUAAACAAAUUACAGGCGGGCGGCUGGAUCAUGAUGCAAGGAGUGGAUAGCCUCAUUUCUAAAACGGCCACCAUCACCGACCUUCAGAACGAGGAAGCAUGCACUUUUCGGCCGCUGACUUUCCCCACACAGGCCGUUUGCAAAAUCUCUGUUGAGCCUUUGAACCCUUCUGAGCUUCCUAAAAUGCUAGAAGGUCUCCGCUCCGUCAAUAAAACUUAUCCGUUAUUGGAAACGAAGGCCGAAGAAUCCGGUGAAUAUGUCGCAUUCGGUACGGGUGAACUCUAUUUGGACUGUGUGAUGCACGAUCUGCGUCUCAUGUAUUCUGAUAUUGAAGUCAAAGUCUCUGAUCCGGUUACCCGCUUUCGUGAGACCAUCGUGGAGACCUCCUCAAUUAAGUGUUUUGCAGAAACACCUAACCAGAAAAAUAAACUUACAAUGAUUGCUGAACCACUCGAAGAAGGUUUGGCUGAAGAUAUUGAAACAGGAAAAGUCGUUUUACAGUGGUCUAAGAAGAAAAUGAGUGACUACUUUCAAAGCAAGUACGAUUGGGACUUGCUUGCCGCUCGUUCAAUAUGGGCAUUCGGUCCGGAUAACGAUGGGCCCAAUGUCCUCGUCGAUGACACUUUGCCUUCUGAAGUGAACAAGCAGCUGCUCUAUUCCGUGAGGGAUUCGGUCGUUCAAGGCUUCCAGUGGGCCACCCGUGAGGGCCCUCUUUGCGACGAACCUAUCCGGAAUGUCAAGUUUAAGAUACUUGACGCCGUAAUAUCGGAUCAGCCGAUCCAGAGAGGGGGCGGACAAAUUAUACCAACGGCUCGCCGCGUGGCAUAUUCUGCAUUUUUGAUGGCCACUCCGAGAUUAAUGGAACCUUACUAUUCCGUUGAAAUAACAGCUCCUGCUGACUGCGUGGCUGCCGUGUACAACGUGCUUUCUAGAAGGAGAGGUCAUAUCGUGCAAGACGCUCCCAAGCCGGGCUCACCCUUGUACGUGGUGAAGGCCUACGUGCCCGUAAUGGACUCCUUUGGCUUCGAGACGGACUUGCGUAUGCACACCCAGGGACAGGCCUUCUGCACUUCAGAAUUUCACCACUGGCAGAUUGUGCCCGGCGACCCCCUCGAUAAAAGCAUUCAAAUACGACCACUUGAACCUCAACCGCCGUUAGCUCUGGCUAGAGACUUUGUGCUCAAAACUCGACGCCGCAAAGGUCUUAGCGAAGAUGUUUUUAUAAGCAAAUUCUUUGAUGACCCAAUGUUGUUGGAGCUUGCUAAGCAGGACGUGUUACUGAGCCACAACUUUUUAUUACCCACCAGAUUGAACCUCUGGGUAACGUUUUUCGACGUGGUGCUAUUGUCACCUACGAUCGGCUCAAUCAGCACUCCAUUCGAUUACUGGCAGGUAAGAUUAGUUACAGAAUUUGGGACGGCGCACGCUACGCCAACCGCGCAGUGGGCUAUAAAUAUAGCGCUGCUUACAAGUGAGCUGUAUAAACUGCUACAAUGUGACUUGCCCGUCAUUCAUAAUGGUGACCUUAACUGCAAACACGCCGCUUGGGACAGACGAGUUAAUAAUUCGAACGGGAAAAUUCUUGAGAAAAAUGCGCACCAACACAACAUUAGCGUGCAGAGAACCUCAACUCCAGACGCAAUGAAAAAAAGGAGCUGCAUGAGCUCCUAUCGAACCACCUUGUCCGUUUUAUUGGAGCUAGCCAAUAAUUAUGAGGGCGCACUGACAGCUGCCCAUGCUGCUGCGACAACCAGCUGCGUAAUCGCGACGCCGGUUAAUACGCCCGGCUGCUGUUAUGUAAACCCCGACGAUCAACUGAUUUUAAACCCUCCUCACCAACACAUCAGAAAGAAUAUGCCUGUAGCCGAUGAGGAAGGACGGCCAUCUUUUUUCGCACCGUCAAACGGAUUAAAAAUCGUUGCCGCGCACUACUUCCGCCACUUAAUAACGAGCGAUGAAAACGACACUAUCGUGUUGCUACCCUAUGACCCCGCAGGCUUCAGCGAAUGCCAGCAAAUAUCGCCCUGA